GGAAAAUUGUAUUACUGUAUAUCAUAACACAAGUGGCGAACACAGGGUGACUGAUAGUGCAGGCAGUGCAUUCCGUAUGUAUUGGGAGUUCAACAUGAAGAGAUCAAACGCACAGCUGUCCCUUUGGAUUUUGGGGACUUUUGGGCGUUACUGCCCUGGCUCUAGUAACUUCUCUUAUAAUGAACGUUUUCUACUGUAUUUCAACCAAUCAAAAAGCACCCAGAUUAAGAAAUCAAAGUGUCAAUCAAUUGCAGAGGGGAAAUCCCAUCCAGCACCUGCCUCAACACUCCCCACAGGGUUGGUUGCCGCCCAAAUCAAGCCCAAACAUCAAUCAUCAGCCAGCACACCCAGUAAAUUUUAACAGUUCAAUGAUUCAGGAAGAGGAUGACUAUCCAAUUUACGGCAAUCUCACUCAGGAUAAUGCAAUUGAAAGCGAGGACUGUUAUGAAGCCAUGACACCAGCGAAUAGAUCUGCAGAUGAAAUAAAGGUGGUGAUUGAACAUCAGAUGUGUUAUGCAUCUCUAGAUCUCUCAGAUGAACAGAAAAAACGGCGCCGAAAAAUGGAACAACAAAAGACGAACAAUGAAAAACCAGAUAUAGAUGGAAAUUUACGUACUCUGACCUCACAGCCAAGCUUAUAUCUGAACAGUGACCAGAUUAAUUUUAACGAAGGCAGGAAAGAAGAAGAUAUUCACAAUGACUCCAUCUUUUAUGGCAAGAUAAAUACAUCUCAUAGUAAAUUAUCUAUAAAUACAGCAAGAGCAUUUGAUAGUGCAAGUGACUUUUAAAUUAUGCUGAUAUCAUUAUUGGUUAAACAUUAUUCAGGAAAAUGUACAAAUUGGCAUGCUUAUUGUACAAAGUCUUUGCUUUGAAAGUUGUCUUUGCCUUCAGUAGAAAUAUGGGUAAACAACUAGUUUCUGUUGGAAUUCUCAUCAUAUAUUCAGCUUAUUCAUACUGGGACCUCCAUUUUGUAUUGUGCACAGUGGGAUCCUCACUGAAGUAUAAAGACAUAUUAAUAAGUGAAAAAAGUGCUGGAAACGCAAAAUAAAAACAGAAAAUGUUAGAAUUACUCAGCUGUUCAGAGAGCAGAGAAGAAAAACAGGAAUUUCAGCUUCUCAGUUCGUAUAAAUAAUGCAUUUCUCCAUAACUUACCAAAUUCAUAAAUGCAAUUUUCUGUUCAAAUAGAUUAAUAACCGGUUAGAACUUAAGUUAAUUCCUGCAGUUUUUCUCACCUAUACGACAGAGCUUCCUCUCUGCCAAAGCCCAUUUAAAUGGCGAAUUCCAACUAGGAUAAAUGAGGCAUGCAGUUAAUUGUUUGAAUGUUGAAUAUCAAAAUGGUUCUACAGUUUUAGUUUUCUAUUAAGAGAUAUUUUUAUAUUACAUUGCCAAAUAUGUUGAAUACAUGUUUAAUUUAAGUUAUAAAUUGAUCAUUUACAAUACUUCAUUACUCCUUACAUUUAAAAUCACCUCUUCUGCUACAUGCCAAAACACAUCCUUACAAUACUGCUGGUAUAGGUUACAGAAACUGUGGGGCACACUGAUAAAUAUCAAUUUAAAUUUGCAUUUAAGCUUAAGACUAGGUUGACAGGUGGAGAUACACGUAAGAUCCAGAUACAUAUUCUUGGUAGAAACAAAAUGCCCAAUUUUGUUCUUAUCUGUAGUCAAUCCAAGUUAAGCAUUUAAAAGGGAAGCAUCAAAAGCAGCAAUAUUUUAAUCAUCCUCCUUCAAAAUGUUUCAAGAUUCAAGUACAUUUAUUACCAGAGAAUGUAUAAAUUAUACAACCUUGAGAUUUGCUUGCUCACAGGUAACCACAAAGAAACCAAAAGGACCCAAUUAAAGAAAAAAAAUUAAAAUAACAAUUAAGGACCGACACUUGACGUGCAAGAGCAAGACAAAAUAAUCAUGCAGACAAUUGAAGCAAACAACAAUAUUCCAAACUAAAAAGGAGUCCUCAAAUCCGAACCCUGGAGUGGCCUCGCCUAUCAGUUCAUAUUAGCAGGCAAAGAGCACAGCAACCAGGGUAGUCUUCAUAGCCUCAGUGCUAAAGUGCCAUCGGCUUUAGAAAGGACACAGCACCUUCUUCCCCUCCCAUCCUGUAAGUUCCCUGGCGUUCAUAUGAAAAUGCUGAUAAUGGGCUAGUAUUGUUUAAAAUUAGCCAAAAUAUAACAAGAAAUCUAAAGAAAAUAUUUGAACCUAAUUUUUGAAGAAAAAACCUCAACCGUUGCUUCGCUGCUGAAGUAACAAACGGUUCAGCAGGCUAUUAACACAACCUGGAGACAAUGAAUGAUGUCAAUUAUUGUGCAUUUAUAUAUUUUUUGUAUUUAAUUUAACAAAAAUCACUUUAUCAUUUAAUAAUUAUGUGCAGAAACUGAUUCUGAAGAUUGUUACCUGUAAUCUGUGGCAUGAUUGACAAAGUGCAAAAUCAAUCUACUCUUUGCAGAUUUGCUUACACAAUGGUAAUACAAAUAACUACAUUCUUGUAUAUAUUGUUGUUAUGGUUAAGUUUUUGACAUGGCAAUAUUUAAUAUUAAUUUAAAUAUCAUUAGAUCUUGACAUUGUUUGCUGGGCUACAAAUUAUUUGAAAUAUUGUGAAAUUUUCAAUGAUCUACUAGAAAUUAUCUGUAUGAUAAAUCAUUACAAAAUAGAUAAAAAUUCCGAAAGAAAUUUCCAUUGUAAAAUUUGACGUGUUUUAAAUUAGACCAUAAGACGUAGAGCAGAAUUAGGCCACUCGGCCCAUCGAGUCUGCUCUGUCAUUCCAUCAUGGCUGAUUUAUUAACCCUCUCAACUCCAUUUCCCUGCCUUCUCCCCAUAACUUUUGACACCCUUGCUAAUCAAGAACUAUCAACCACCAUUUCGAAUAUACUCAACGAGUUGGCCUCCACAGCCAUAUUUGGCAAUAAGUUCUACAAAUUCAUCACCUUCUGGUCCCAAACCAAUUCCAACCCCGCCCCCCCACUAUUGAAACAUCUUCUCAACGUCCACUCAAUCUAGACUUUUCAACAUUAAAUGAGUUAAUCAUUAAACCUUUCAUUCCUGCGAUUAUUCUCAUGAACCUCCUCUGAAUCCUCUUCAAUGACAGCAUGUGCUUUUUUCUUUAAGAUGAUGGGCCCGAUUCUGCUCACAGAUCAUUGAGGGAUUAAUGGUGAAAAGGGUGAGCAGUUUCAAGUACCUGGGUGUCAACAUCUCAGAGAAUCUUUGCAGGGCCCACCAUAUUGGUGCAAUCACAAUGAAGGCAUACCAGUAGCUGCAUUUCAUUAGCAGCUUAAGGUGAUAGGGAUGUCAUCAAAGACACUAGCAAAUUUCGAUAGAUGCACGGUGGAAGGCAUUCUGACUGACUGCAUCAUGGCCUUACAUGGAAGCUCCAAUGUGCAGGACUGAAAGUUGCUGCAGGCUCAGCCAGCUCCAUGGACAACGCCUCUCUACCACUUCCUCAAAAGCGCAGUGAAUGCCUUGCGUCGUAAGACUCCCAUCCGGAAUAUGCCCUCUUACUAUUCCUCUCUUCAAGUUCGAAUACAUUUAUUAUCAAAGAAUGUAUAAAUUAUAUAACGUUGAGAUCUGCUUGCUCACAGGUAGCCAUAAA